CUUUUCGGCUUUUCGUUGAUUUGGUGAUUCGAUCGAUCGAUCGCUCGUUUGCGUCGCAUAGGUGGAAGAACGAAUCCCGGCGAUAGAGAUUUUAUGGAGGCGACGAGUUCCUUCAUGCUUCAUCUGAAUCGCCCUUCGCUAGCUAUCCCCAACUCUUAACUUUUCCUUCAUUUCUUGUGCCCGUCAUUCUUUUCAUCUGUCCUUGUCUCGUUGAUAUGUUUAAUCUGUAGAUCAAAACUUCUUUACCGAGGUAUCCGAUGUUUAACUGGUCGUGAGGAGUGCUCUGGAUUUUGAGGUAAUCCUAUUUUUUGGGUGAAUGGUUGUCCCACUUUUGACCGUUCGAUUUGCUUACCUAUUGCCACAAGACUCACAAGUUGGAAAGUCAGAAAUUCUUUGUUUGAUAUGACAUGAUCCAGGAGGGAGGAAUUGGGUCAGUUUCUUAUCAUCUGAAAGUUCUCUCCUUUUUUUUUAUCAGAUGAGGAAAAUGGCAUUUGAAGGAAUCUGUGCAUUUCCUUGCGCAUUUGGUUAGGUUGUCAAGAUAGAAAGAUUCAACUUGAGAUAUUCGCUCAAGGAUAUUUCCAUUGUUUCCCACUCUUCAUUUAAAUUCAAAGAUUGUGCCAGGUGUUCAGCGAAUCCGUAUCAAUGAUUUUGGUGGGGCUGUAUCAAGAUUGUGCCACUGAGACAAGGAUUUGAUUCAGCUUCUAGGUUGAUUUUCUCAGAAGUCAUUCCUGUAUAGGUUAAUUGGAACAUAUGCAUAUGGAAUUAGCCUCAGGUUCUUUGGACUUCAGUAAUCUUUGAUCAUGACUAUGUCUUCUCCCAGAAGUUUAUCAGGGGUUAUGACAGUUCCACGGUCCCUUUUCAAAAUAGUUGUGUCAGCCGGGGGGUUACUUCUCUUACUUAUACUCAUCUCAUUUCAGUUGACUUGCUAUCCCCUCAUUUCAUCAUUCCAUGUUUCCUUGUUACCAGUGGAGCAAAAUAGGAAGUCUGAUUCAGCAGUUCUCAGUGGUACUGGUAAUAUUGAUACACAGAGUGUGAAUAUCUCUGUUUCUCUAAAUGCAAAUGAGGUCAUACAGCAUACGGAUACACCUUCAUCUGCUAUCUAUAAUGAUUCUGUAAAGAGUGAUUUGGGAAAUUCUGAUGGUGUCACUCUAGAUAUCAAUAGAUCCUCGUUUCAUAUUGAGGACUCUACAUAUUUAGAUUCUGGGAAUUGUGAUCUUUAUAACGGGAAAUGGAUUUACGAUUUGGAUGGGCCAUUAUACACAAACAACACAUGUCCAGUGAUUUCACCCAAACAGAAUUGCCAGGGGAAUGGAAGAUCUGACAAAGAGUAUGAAAAUUGGAGAUGGAAACCUAAAAAUUGUCACCUGCCACGCUUUGAUGCAAAGAAAUUUUUGGAGCUGAUGAGAGGAAAGACAUUAGCAUUUGUUGGAGAUUCAAUUGCUAGAAAUCAGAUGGAGUCCCUGCUUUGCAUUCUCUGGCAGUUUGAAGCUCCCAAGAAGCGAAGGAAGGGCAAGAGACAAUAUUUCUACUUCAAGUCCACCUCCACUACCCUUACCCGAUAUUGGUCAUCUUGGCUUGUACAUCAGACCACCGAGUCCUUUGCAUCUGUCCCAGAUAACAUUGUGAAGGCCACUGGUUUGUGAAACAGUCUGCCUACAUUCUCAACGGCACACUCGUUGGGGGACAACUGUGGCAGCCCAAGGGAGAAGGGAAUAUGCAGAUCAAGAACAUCGACGCUUUCGGUAUUUCAGUAGAGACCUGCCUGACUGCGAUUGCCUCUCAUCCAAACUUCACAGGUUUAGCCAUUGUUCGCUCAUAUUCACCAGAUCAUUAUGAAGGCGGAGCUUGGAACACCGGAGGUUCAUGUACAGGAAAGGAUAGGCCAUUGACCACUGUGGUAAGAAAUGGAUUCACGGAUGUGAUGCAUGAGAAACAGGUUAAUAGCUUCGUAAAUGCAGUGAAGAAAGCUAGGGUCGACUCUAAGUUAAGAUUGAUGGACAUAACUGAGCCAUUCGCGUAUAGGCCAGAUGGACAUCCGGGUCCGUAUAGAAGUCCCGAUCCUAACAAGAAUACUAAAAGGGGAGCCAACGGUGAACCCCCGCCCCAGGAUUGCCUUCACUGGUGCAUGCCUGGUCCAAUUGAUACUUGGAACGAGAUUCUCCUUGAGGUUAUUAGGAGAGAAUUUCAUGGAAGAUGAGUUUGUUUUGGCUUUUAUACUGCUCAUACUUUAGUUUGGUUUAACUGAAGAUGCUUCACUGGCUCACCGGAUACUUUGCCACGAAGAGGAACCAAAACUUGCUCGACGCCUUGAUCACGAUCGCAUGGGCAUAUGGAGAAAUUUAGCAUAUCUUUCAUCUCAGAACAUUUUGAUAACAACAAAAAGGAGUCGAGGAAAAUAAGAUUAUGUUUUGUUUUUUACUUUAAACUCAUUCAAUCAAAUAAUUAUUAGUAAUCUAGAUUCUUAACCAACAAGGGCCAAGAUUCAUUCUGCUUAGAUCAGAUUCAUAGAUCUGAAAGCGACUUCACUGGAAAGCACCAUGAAAUUGUCUCCUGUGUUCUCGGCCAGGAGAUCCCAAAUCCUCCUCACACCACCAUUUUUACAUGCAGGCUGCUGAAGAAGCAUAGUGCGAAGGCGGCCACCUCGAUCCCUCUCUCGGCGAAGGAAGAGGUGCGAGCUGAGCCAGGAAGGUUGGAUGCUCCUCGCCCGGCAUUACCACGAACACGUCGCGCGCAUGCGGAUUGCCGCCGACCUGCAGCAUCAGAAAACAAUCGCACAGACGAUGCCAUGAAGUUAACGCAAGACACACAGUCGAUCUCGUGUGCUCACAGCCAGCGAACUCCCAGCCUUCUCGUGCGACUGAACCGGAGCCGGCGACAGGCGGACCUCCGGCGGAGAUUCCCGCGCAGUGUUCCGCGACCGGAGCAGGGACAUUCUCGGUAUGAUGAGAUGCUCGACCAGCGCCAUGACGAGGAACAUGGAGACCAAGAUUGCAGUGGCUGCUAAGCCAAAGGAGAUGGCGCUCAUGGAUGCCGCCACUCAGCCUCAUCUCUCAUCGAGUCCCUGCUCCAUCUCCAAGAAAGAAAGAAACAAGUCAAUAUAAAAGAUGAUCCAUUUGAGCUGCCCACAUCAAGUACAGAUGAAAAUGAGUAAAAGAAAGAAAGAGAGAAGGGGAAAAAAACAAUUUGCUAAAGGAUGAGAAUGGAGUCAAACAUCCUUUGCUUCCAAGGCAUAAUUUUAUGAACGAUAACAGCAAUUAUUGUAGUUUGUCUGAUGAGAAAAGAAGUAGGAGGACAAGGGAGCAAGGCUUUUAUGUCCAUAGUGCACUGGAGGGGUCCCUUGUCAACACAACAGUAUGAUGAACUUGGUCUAACAAG